AUCUAUGAUUAGCUGUAGUUUAGUGAUAGUAGUAGAAGUAGUUGUUAUUGUAUUUAUCAUUGAAUCGGAAGCCGUGACCAAAGAUUUUUGUAUUGAAUUUGUGAAUAAUGACCGCAAAAUUGAUUUCUCUUUGCGUUUAUAUCAAUAUCAUGACAUACACUAUCACAAGAUAUUUUUUAUCGGCGACACAUUUUGGACACUUAAAUACUACGACAGCGUCGACAACAAAACAGUUAUCAUCGACAGCAACAGUAGCGGCGCUUCCGACUGGUUGUCCGGUCAGAAGUACUCUAUGGUGUGGUGUUCAUGGUUUAAGGCCAACGAUAUUCCUGGUGUCAAUGUUCGACAUUGUCAUGUAGGUGCUCUGCGGAAAGACAUGAAAACCAUUGACUGGGCGUACAUUUCUGCCGAUACGCUGAAUGUUAAACACGCGGUCAACGACACGACAACCAUAGAGUUUGGUAAGGAAUUUAGGCCAACAUUUGCUUGGAUGCCAAUACCAUAUCAAAGUGACAAUCGUUACGUAACGUUUUGGUACAAAGGUUUGACUAAAACCUAUAAUUUUGAUAAACACGACAAACCGCGACAGAAAUAA